CAGAUUUCGUCGGGAUCUCGAAGGCAUGCUCAUCGCACAUAGCGACUUUACGACGCCGACAGGAUCUCGAUAGCGUGUGGGGCUUACUGUACCCGAGAUGCACGAUCCAUCACCGGUGCUACAGCAUCGCGCGGCCUCUUAUGUGUUGAAGCCAAUGACGGAAGCCGUCGUCGAAUACACAGAGCCCACCGUAUGCGUGCCUUGUCCCUGGUUGCUACUUGAAGUACACGGCGAGGUUGAAGGCGAUCGAACGUCUCCGACGCAAUGAGCUCAAGAAGCACCAUCCCAAGCUUGGACUGAUGUGCGCUAGCAUGCUAUAGUAUACGACGUGACCUUCCGAGUGCUUUGCAGGAGGAACCCCAAGGAUUGGAACCGAACCAUACCCGUCCGAUUCCAGUUUGACACGCAAACGCCAUUGGCCAACGCGGCGGCCAAUCAGAUGGUCGUGUCGCUGCAUGGAUCGCAGCACCCGCACUCGAGCCGAUCGGCUUCCUCACACUGGUGCGGCAGCCCGACCUGCUCCCGUACAUGACGCAGUUCCAGCACGGAAGUCCAAAGGAGCUUGCGACUGCCUUCAAAAAGUACCGGCGGCAGCUCACCAAGUCUGCAUACGCGCACAUUGAUGCCGAGAACCACAGUGUCUUGCGCUGCUUUGUGCUCUUUCGACUUCUCGCUGAUGGUCGAUCGAGCCUCGCGCAGCUCUGUCUGCGCCACUACCCGGACGGGUACAUGGUCCCGCGCCUCCCGGUGACAGAGCUCUAUGCAAUGGACGCUGCGGCGCGCCUCGGAGAUGUCGUUGUGCUCGCGUUUCUCCACAAGCACGAUCUCGGACGGUGCAGCGCCAGUGCUAUGGACGUGGCCGCGGCAACGGGGCAUUUGUCGGUCGUGCGCUUUCUGCACCGACACCGGCGCGAAGGCUGCACGCAGCUGGCGUUUACACUAGCCCGUCGACACGGACAUAUCAAGGUGCUGCAGUACCUCACUACGCACUGCGCCGAGUUUGAGCGCCGGCAAAGCGUGCCGCGACAUUCGGGCAAAGACGCGGUCGUCGCUGGCGGCAUGGUCGCCUCAAGCUGCAUGAUACAGUAG